AUGCCGACGGGCAAGCGGCGCCGAGUGAUGCCCUUGCCGGUUGAAAGCGCGCCGCGGGCCUCUGCUCCCGAGGCCGUCAGCACGGGCGAGGUUGCAGUGCCGCCCAAGUCUGGCCCGUUUGCAUGCUUGGAGCGGGUAGCGGAGCAGCUACUCCAGUCCAACUCUUUUUCCAGAGAUCAGCUGUUGCCUUUGAUUCCUCAGCUGCCCUCAGAUCCCUUGCGCCCUACGUCAGAGCCUCAGGCUGGGAGUGUAUCCUUCAGCACGGGGGCCUACGUGCAUGCGCAUGUGCCCGGCAUUCGUCACAACUGCCGUGUUUUCCCUAGCUUGACGAAGCUUUUGUGCAAGUUCGUGAGGGAGGCCAAACCUGGUUUCUCAUUCACCGCUUUGGUCAUUUUGCAUAACUUGACUUCUCAGCUUCAUCGUGAUCGCAACAACUUACCUGGUUCCAGAAACUGUGUUUUUCCCCUUUCUUCGUUUCAAGGGGGACAGAUUUGGGUCCAGUCGGCCGGUGGCCCCGAUUGCCAAAUCGUUGACGGCCAGCCUACGGCCGGCAUCCUCCUGGAUGUUAGCUCCGGCCCGGUUGAGUUCGAUGCUUGGGGUUCCAGUCACAAGACCGUGCCUUGGACAGGUGAUCGUACAGUGCUCGUGGCCUUUACCCCCGAUUUGCCCUUCCGUCUGGAUCCAGCUGACUGUGCCUUUUUGGUCUCCUUGGGGUUCGUCUUGCCUCCGCGGGAUGCUCCUCCAGCGCACAUUUUAGGUGCGUCGCUCGCGUCGCCGGGCCUUGCCGCAAACCCGCCUUGCGCCACCUUGCCCGAGCCGCCUUUGCUUGCGGCGGGCUCGUCUCCUGAGGUCAGCCCCGCCCUUCCAGUGCCCCCUUUUCCUCCCGAGGCCCCGAAGGUGCCGCCGGUGUUUUGCGAGGUCUUUAGCGGUUGCGGCCGCUUAUCUUCAUCCUUCAGGACUCUAGGAGUUCAGCCCAUCACUGUGGAUGCCCCGUUCAAUCGGCACAAGCCCUUAGUGGAUACGUGGGCGCUCGACUUGACUCUACCUGCCUCGCAGCAACUGCUUUUGGCCCGCCUUGACCAGUCUAGCCUUUUGGCCAUCCAUGUGGCGUUGCCUUGCGGGACUGGGAGCCGGUCGCGGGAGCGUCCGGUGCCGCUCUCUCCGAGUGGUUCGAAAGCCCCACCCCCUCGGCCAUUGCGUGAUGCGGCUCAUGUGUUGGGCCUCCCCGGCCUCUCCGAAGCUGAACAGACUCAGGUUGCAGCUGCCAAUGCCUUGGCACUCUUCACCUUGGAGCUCCUCACCCUGGCCUUGCGCAAGAGCUCAUUCUUCAGCAUCGAGAAUCCUGAAAACAGUUGGAUGUGGGCUGUUCUUGCCUACUAUGUGCGUCAGCGGCGUGACCCUCAGCUCGCUGCUGCUUUUUCUGCCAUGCACCGUGUCCCCCUUUCCAUGUGCAUGUUCGGUGGCCGCCGCCCCACCAGCACAUUGCUCUUGUGUUCUUCGGCAGCGUUGGCCUCCCUUUCCUUGCCUUGUUCAGGCGAUCACUCUCAUGCUGCUUUCAAGCGUUGGAAGCCUGACGGUUCCUGGACCUUGGACAAAAGCCUCGAGGCCGAAUAUCCGCUGCCCUUCUGCCAGCGCUUCGCGUCUCUGCUUUGCCCGCCCUGUGCCUCCCCGUCCCCCGAGCUGCCCUUGCCCCGCUCUUCUACCCGACAGAAAGCCUCUCGGCCGCCCGUGGUGCCGGAGUUCUUGCAUGUCUCCUCCAGCGCGCCCUUCGCGCAAGACUUCAA